AUGCUUGGGUCAGAUUUUGACAAUGCGACCGACAAUGAUUACUUGGAGUUGAACAGCACUUCAAUCUUUGGACCAGGCAAUUUUGGUGUCUUAGGGGCCUUCUACACCAUUUUACGAAUCACCAUAGCACUGAUCUACUCUGUCACGUGCGCCAUGGGGAUUCUGGGAAACCUGUUGGUCUUGUAUCUCAUCCGAGGCUUCAACAGACAGAGCCCGUCCACCAUCAACCGCUUCGUCUUCAAUCUGGCCCUGACCGACUUCCACUUUGUGUUGGUGCUGCCCUUUUGGGCAGCGGAAAUCGUCCUGGACCACAUCUGGCCCUUCGGCCUUGCCAUGUGCAAGCUGGUCCUCUUUGUCACCGUGCUGAACAUGCACGCAAGCGUCUUCUUCCUGACCGCCAUGAGCGUCAGCCGCUACUGCUCAAUGGUGCAAACCCUCAGACCGGGCAGGGCUCCCUCCCGGCCCUGCAUGGUCAAGUGCGUCAUCCUGGCCAUCUGGCUGACCGCUGUCGCUGCGACCUUACCCCUGACCAUAUACUCCCAGACCGUCAACAUCUACGGCGAUGAACUGUGCAUCCAGAAAUUCCCAGCUGGACAAUACUUCCUGGCCUACCAACACAUUCAGAGAAUUUUGCUGACUUUCAUAAUCCCCCUGACAGUCAUAACCGUUUGCUAUUUGCUGCUUAUAAGAUUUCUGCACCACCAUAAACUGAGUGGCAACAAUGCAAAGAGGCAAUCCAAAGUCACCAAGUCUGUCAUCCUGUUGAUCAUGUCCUUCCUCCUUUGCUGGCUUCCUAACCAUGUGAUAACCUGCUGGGGAGUGCUGGUCAAAUUGGAAUUGGUCCAUUGGAGCAGAGCAUACUAUAUCACUCACACCUACAUCCACCCAUUCACCAUCUGCUUGGCCUACACCAAUAGCUGCCUCAACCCCAUUAUCUACUGCCUGAUGCGGAGGGAGUUCAGGGAGGCAAUGAAGAAUGUCUUCCAAAGGAUCUCCUCCGUCAGCUCCCUGUGGACGUGCCAGGGCGCCGCCCUCUACCCGAGUCAACACGAAGCCAACCAGGUUGGCAUCCCCUUGAACCCACUGAACAGCCAGCUGGAAUCCAACGCCCCCGGUCAGAGAUGUAACACGCUGCCUUCAACCACCUCCAGUCUUGUGCAACAGAACUGA